GCGUUGUGGUAAGAUGGCUGCUAAGAGAAAACGUGUUGGAGGAGGAUCGGGGCUGAAGAAGAAAGUUAAAUUUGUAGAAAAAUCAGCAGCUGAACAUGAAGCGACUAAUGAGAUCAAAGUGCCGGCUCCGGUUUCUAUGGGCAAGUGGAAAAACAAAGAACGAGUUCUGGUUUUCUCCUCCCGAGGCAUCAACUUCAGAACACGGCAUCUGAUGCAGGACAUCAAGACCAUGAUGCCUCACUCUAAAGCAGAUACCAAGAUGGACCGGAAAGACAAACUGUUUGUGGUGAACGAGGUGUGUGAAAUCAAGAACUGUAACAAGUGCAUCUUCUUCGAGGCGAAGAAGAAAAAGGAUCUGUACAUGUGGGUUUCCAACGUUCCUCAUGGUCCUUCAGCCAAGUUCCUGGUUCAGAAUGUACACACUCUUGCUGAGCUGAAAAUGACGGGGAAUUGCUUAAAAGGAUCCAGACCUCUGCUUUCAUUCGAUCCUAAAUUCGACAAGGAACCUCAUUAUGCUCUGCUGAAAGAACUCUUCACUCAGACUUUCUCGACCCCACAGUACCACCCUAAGAGCCAGCCGUUCGUGGAUCACGUGUUUACCUUCACAAUCGCAGACAACAGAAUAUGGUUUAGAAAUUACCAGAUUAUAGAAGAAGAUGCUUCGUUGGUAGAAAUUGGUCCACGCUUCGUCCUCAACGUGAUCAAAAUUUUCCAGGGCAGCUUUGGUGGCCCGACGCUUUAUGAGAACCCUCAUUACCAGUCACCCAACUUGUGUCGGCGCAUGGCACGAUUAAACACGUCCGCCAAGCUGAAGGAGAGGCAGAUGGUGAAGCAGAUUCGGCUGGAGAAAAGAAACGAGACGAAGGAAGUCGUGAAGCAGGAUGUGACGGACGAUGUGUUCGUCACACCGGCGGAGGAGAAACCAGAUCAGGUGGAGUAUGAAGCUCCAGAGCCCAAAUCCAGCAAGAGGAAGAAGAAGCUGUCUGAUUUAAAGAAGAAGACUCUGCUGAAACGCAAAGGCCUGAGAUAAAGAACUUGGAGGAUUUCAGAACUUGUGCCUCAGCUUUAAAGGAAAACUCCCGUGUUUUUUCCAGCUAUUGCCAAUCCACUGUGUCUGUAGUGGUUUUUUACUAAUCAGAUGUGGAUAGAAAUUCAAAAGAUACAUAAUAAAGUAUUUCUUUUACAGAGGUUUCAUAUAAAAUGACUUGUAAUUGUGUUUUGCUGAUUUAAAAUGUUACGUUUUCAUGAAUCGUGUGUUAUCUGAAGAUCCACUGCUAUUAAAGCCCAUAGAGCAUAAUGAGCAGCUGUAUUGUAAUGGACAUGUUCUGUAUUGUAAUAUUUGUUGGAUUUGUUACAAUAAACCAUCAAUAUAAUUGAUUUAUUAAUUUA